UCUUUUCCCAUAGGGAAUGGAUAAACCCCUCGAUCGGCAAAAACAUCGAGAACGAAAGAGCGAGAACGAGUGAGCUUGGUCUCACACUGCUUGAAAAAUGGCAACAUCGAGCCAUCGAGGAUUCUAAGAGAGAUACUCUCUCUCUCUCUUCUGAAAAUAUAUUGGAAUUCAAGGGCGAUCUAGGGCACCUUUCACUCGAAUUUUCCCCCUCUUUUUCAUUGCCUGCAGAGAUGUACCAGUGGAGAAAAUUCGAGUUUUUCGAGGAGAAGUCCUCAAAGUGCUUGAUCCCAUCAGAGAUUGAAGGUAAAAUCGAGUGUUGCUCAAGUGGAAGGGGAAGGAUCGCAGUUGGUUGUGACAAUGGCUCUGUUCAUUUGUUGGAUCGCGGCCUCAAAUUGGGUUACAGUUUUCAGGCUCACGCCAUGUCUGUACUCUUUGUUCAGCAGCUCAAGCAACGCAAUGUCCUAUUAACUGUUGGCGAGGAUGAGUCUGCAUCACCUCAGCUAUCAGCUAUAUGUCUCAAAGUCUUUGAUCUUGAUAAGAUGGAACCAGAGGGUUCAAGCACCAGCAGUCCUGUUUGUGUUCAAAUAUUGCGGAUUUUCACCAACCAGUUUCCUGCAGCAAAGAUUACAUCCUUUCUAGUUCUUGAAGAGGCUCCCCCAAUAUUACUUAUCUCUAUAGGAUUGGAUAAUGGCUCCAUUUACUGCAUCAAAGGUGACAUUGCUCGUGAGCGUAUCCAGAGGUUCAAGUUACAGGUCGGGUCUACCUCGGACUCUGUUACUGGUCUUGGAUUUCGGGUCGAUGGCCAAGCUCUUCAGCUAUUUGCUGUUACCCCUUCCUCAGUGAGUUUGUUCAGCAUGCAAGACCAACCACCAAAGAAGCAAACAUUAGAUCAGAUUGGAUGUGAAGCUAAUAGUGUUACAAUGAGUGAUCGUCAGGAACUAGUAAUUGGCAGACCUGAGGCUGUCUACUUCUAUGAAGUCGAUGGGAGGGGUCCAUGUUGGGCGUUUGAAGGAGAGAAGAAAUUCCUUGGUUGGUUUCGCGGGUAUCUUUUAGCUGUGAUAUCAGACCAAAGAGGCAACAAGAACACUUUCAAUGUAUAUGAUCUCAAGAACCGAUUGAUUGCCCAUAGUAUUGUUGUUGGAGAUGUUUCACAUAUGCUUAGUGAAUGGGGUAACAUAAUCCUUAUAAUGAGUGACAAGACUGCCUUAUGUAUAGGUGAGAAGGAUAUGGAAAGCAAGUUAGAUAUGCUUUUCAAGAAGAAUCUUUAUGCUGUUGCAAUCAAUCUCGUUCAGAGUAACCAAGCAGAUGCUGCUGCUACUGCUGAAGUUCUUCGAAAAUAUGGGGAUCAUUUGUAUGGGAAACAAGAUUAUGAUGAGGCCAUGUCUCAAUAUAUUCUCACCAUUGGCCAGCUUGAGCCCUCCUAUGUCAUCCAAAAGUUUCUUGAUGCACAGCGUAUAUAUAACCUCACCAGCUACCUGGAGAAAUUGCAUGAGAAAGGAUUGGCUUCAAAGGAUCACACUACCCUCCUUCUUAAUUGCUAUACCAAACUCAAAGACGUGGCAAAAUUGGAUGAGUUUAUAAAAGGUGAAGAAGAUGGGGUCAGAGAGCACAAGUUUGAUGUUGAAACUGCGGUUAGGGUUUGCCGUGCGGCUGGAUACCAUGAGCAUGCAAUGUAUGUUGCAAAGAAGGCAGGGAGGCACGAAUGGUACUUGAAAAUAUUACUUGAAGACCUCGAUAGAUAUGAUGAGGCUUUGGAGUAUAUAUCAAGCCUCGAACCAAACCAAGCUGAAACCACAUUGAAAGAGUAUGGUAAGAUUCUUGUGGAGCAUAAGCCAUUUGAGACAGUUGAAAUACUAAUGAGGCUUUGCACUGGAGAUGGUGAAUCAGGGGAGGAGGCCUCAAACGCGUUGUACCCAUCGAAGCUGCCUUCCCCUACCGAUUUUAUGAGCAUUUUCAUACACCAGCCAAAGUCUCUAAUGGAGUUCUUCGAGAAGUAUACCAAUAGAGUGAAGGAAUCACCAGCUCAUGUAGAAAUCCACAAUACCCUCUUGGAGCUAUAUUUGUCUCGUGACUUGAGCUUUCCACUGAUAACUCAAGAAGGCUUGAUUACGGAUGUUAAUAACAUUAAACAGUCUGUCCCUUUGAACACUGUUACGACAGGAGUUUCCAUCAGCGGUGACAAUAAAUACAAAGAGAGAGAUCGGCUUCAGAGACUUGAGAAAGGAUUGGGCUUGCUCAAAAGUGCAUGGCCGUCACAUAUGGACCAACCCAUGUAUGAUGUUGAUCUCGCCAUCAUUCUUUGUGAGUUGAAUGGGGUCAGAGAGGGCCGCUUGUUUCUGUAUGAGAAGAUGAAAUUGUAUAAGGAAGUGAUAUCAUGCUACAUGCAAGACCAUGAUCAUGAAGGAUUGAUCACGUGUUGCAAGAAACUUGGGGAUUCAAGCAAGGGUGGGGACCCAUCACUUUGGGCAGAUGUGCUCAAGUAUUUUGGUGAGCUUGGAGAAGAUUGUUCCAAAGAAGUAAAGGAGGUGUUAGUGUACAUAGAGAGGGAUGACAUUUUGCCACCCAUCAUUGUUCUUCAAGCUCUGUCAAGGAAUCCAUGUCUCACCCUUUCGGUUGUCAAGGAUUACAUUGCGAGGAAGCUCGAGCAAGAAUCGAAGCUGAUAGAAGAGGAUCGCAAGUCCAUCGAGAAGUACCAGGAAGAGACGUCUGCCAUGAGGAAAGAAAUAAAUGAGCUGAGGACGAAUGCGAGGAUCUUUCAACUGAGCAAAUGCACUGCAUGCACAUUUACCUUAGACCUUCCAGCCGUUCAUUUCAUGUGUAUGCAUUCUUUUCACCAGCGAUGCCUCGGUGACAAUGAGAAGGAAUGCCCAGUCUGCGUGCCACAAUACAAAAGCCUUACAGAGAUGAAGAGGAGCUUAGAACAAAAUGCCAAAGACCACGAUAGGUUUUUCCAGCAAGUGAGAAGCUCGAGUGACGGGUUUUCUGUGAUUGCAAGUUAUUUUGGAAAAGGGGUUGUGAGCAAAACUGGUGAUGGCCCCCCUGCCGUAUGUAGAACUGGUAGCAAUCGUUCCGAUGGAUUGUAAGAGUGUGUUUAGCUAAUAAAAGGAGAUCAGGUUAUGUAUGUGCUUUUUCUGUAACUUUUUGUGUUGAUUUAAUUGUCCGUUUGAUGCUGUUGCAUCAAAUAAUUGAUUUUUUCUGAAGGAUUGAUUGGUUGUUGAUCUCAAGAAUUGGGCUUGGGCUUGGACUUGGUUGUUUGAGGCCUUGACAUUGCAACACUGCAUCGAAUCGAAAAAAAGAGUUGCUUUCCAUUUUGCGAAAUCCAAUUAUGUAUAGCAUUGGUAAUUAAGGAAGAUGGUGGAUAUGUAAAUAACUGUUUGCUUUUCAUGUGACGUGAAAUGGGUGGGAGGACUGGUAUCUUUGUGUA